UGUUGAAUGUAGUCUAGAUGUGAUAUGCUGCAAAUAGCUUGCAGAAGAGAGGAAUAAAAAGUUAGCUGAAAAUCACUGUCAUCCUCUCCAAUUCAGAAUACUUUUACUUGUCAUACCCAUUCAGCAUGUUCCAGGAGCCUAGUGUGUGCACUGCAUACUAUUUGGACAAUUUCAACUCCUUGAUAAUUUCUGUUUCAUGUAAACCAUCUAUUAUAAGUUUUGAACUUGAUAUGACAGCGUAUUUCUGAAAUGUGCCGAAUUCUUAUUGCAAUGAUGAACCUUUCAUGGGUAAUUUAUUUGGAUAAAAAAGUGAGCCAGAGAUCAUUACAAUUUUCCCUGCCAAUUCCCUGUCAAUUUGACUAAAUUCCUUGCUUUGCUGCCUAAAGAGACUGAAUAACAGCAUGGAGAUUGACUAUACACUAUGUAUAUUUCUGGGACUACUGAUAGUGAUUCUCAGUGGAAAUGUUGGGGCAAACAAUGUUCAACAGUUCCUCAUCGAGCCUCAGGACAUGGAGGUUGACCAGGGCACAGACGUGACUUUCCAAUGUCGGGUAAACUUCCUCUCACACAACCAAAUUCUUGCAUGGCUUGCCCUUGAUCGUCAGGUCACCAGUGACUCAACCAUCAUCGCUCAAAGGGAAGAUGGAGACUAUGCAGUCAAUGUCAUUUCUUCAACAUUCAUUAAUCUUGUCUUGAACAACGUCCAGCCAUCUGAUGAUGGCAUAUAUUCCUGUGCAGUACUGCACAGACACACUCAGGCAGUUGUUCUGCAGUCCAGGAUUGCCAUCCUCAUAGUCAACUUCCUACCUGAUUCUAGAGACCCGAUAUGUACACCUAUGAUAGCGACCGUUCAUGUCAAUGACCUUGUUACCAUCACGUGUGAUAGUAAGACUGGAAAACCUCCUGUACAGCUGGUUUGGACAAGAGCAGACGGGAUGUUAAUUGACAACGACAACGUCACACUGACAACUGUUAACCUCCGGACAAUCCUCACAUAUAAGUUUGUUGCAACCCAUGCAGAUCAAGGUGCCAUUUUCAGAUGCACAGCAACAAGUCAAAGGUUUCCCCACUAUCUCAAGAGAUGCAAAGUCACUGUAGAUGUGCAAUUCCCUCCCAAAGUGAACAUUUCAACUGUCCCACCAGAUGAAGAUCAAGAUUUUCCAAGUUACAACUGCACUGCCAUUGCGAAUCCGGAUGCUUUCACACCUUACGAAUGGGAGAUUAACCCACCAUUCCAAGACACUACUAGCAUUAUCUCUCUUGAUGGUACAAUCCUUUCCUUUGAUGCAAAACCCAUUUGUCGUGAAAUCACCAGAGGUACUUGCACAGCAACUAACAUCAAAGGAAGUGGGAAUGACACAGUCAUCAUAUGUGAGCCACUUCCUACAACCAUGCCACCACCAACAUCUAAGAUUAGUGCAGGAAGAGGACAACCAGGGGAUGGAAGCACUACUACAAUCGUCAUUAUCAUCUUGCUGCUCCUUGUCCUUUUUGCUGUUCUGGGUUUUGGCUUCAUGUAUCGACGGAAAAAGCGACGGGAAAGAGAGCAGCUUCUCACUAGUCAACCACCACAGAAUAUCAACAUUACUGUAGACCCUCAUAUAAACAUCAAUAUAAGUGGUGCCGAGACUCUUUGCAGGGGGAAUCUUCAAGAAGGGGAUGACAUUGACAAUCUAGGAAUCAAUCCAGCCAUAGAGGAUGAAAGCUAUUAUUUGCCAAUGGGGGAUGUUAAGUCAAAAACCCCAGAUAUCAAGACAAACAGCACUGUUACUUCUAACACCAAAAUAUCAGCAACAAACGAGAAUGGAUAUCCAGAGGAUACAUACAUUGAUGGAUACAAUGUUCAAGAGAACAUUUCAAUAUCUGGAUUGAAACCCCAUCCAAAAACUAGGAAAGGAAAACUCUCUCCAAAACCAAUGCCUAAACCAAGAGCAGCCCCAAGAACACCUAUCCCACAUCCAAGGAAAAUCUCAAAGAAAGGGUUUAUCCAGGCCUUAAGGAAUGGUUUUACAUUCAAGAGAAAGAGGACCACACAUGACAAGGACAACUUGGAUAUGGACGAUCCUAAAGCUGAUUAUGAGUUGUAUAAGAAAGGAGAAGAUAAUGUCUAUGCUGGCUUGAAGCCACACCAAGACACUGAUGAUGAAAAUGACGGCAUCUGGGAUGAUAAGAAAAAGUUACAAGAUAAGUUUGUCAAAGAGGAAGGAGCCUAUGAUCUUGCCAGUGCACUGAGAAUCAAGGUUCCAGAAUCAAACUCUGAAGCAAAGGUGUGCAACAAGAUUGAUUCAACAAACUACUACAGUCCUGUUGCUGAUGAAGCAUCUGAUACAAAGAGUGCAAGCAUGAUUGAUGACCAUGAAGAAUACAUUAAUGCUGAGCUCUAUGGGGAUGGAGUAAACAAUGCAAAUCAAAGUCACCCUCAGAGUGCUCUACUAGCCUUAAAGUCAGAAGAGGUUUCAACCAAAAAUGUUGAAGGAGACUAUGAUUUGGUUGGUCCAAUGAGAGUGAAGCCACAAUCGUCAAAAUCUGCAACAACGGUAGAAGAGUCUCCUUCAUCGAGGCAAGAGGGUGAGGUAUAUACAGAGGCAAAAUUGUAUGGUGGUAUUCCAUCUGCUGUAGGAACAAACAAACUAGGAAAUAAAGAUCAAGCAAGUCAUGAAGAAGGACAGGUUUAUGCUGAAGCUAAGAUGUAUGGUGCAGUAGGGCAGUCUCAUAAUAAGCUUGAACUCCGGAACAGCUUAGAGGUAUCACAAGAUGUUGAUGCUGAAGGAGGGGGAUUUGGUAAAUUAGUCAAACAAAGCUUUGGCCGAGCUGGGAUCAAUGCAGAGGAUGAUGAUGGUGGAAUAUACCAACAAGCAAAUCUAAAUGUAGGACAUGCAGGAGCUUUGUCUAAAACAUCUCUGACCAAUAGCAAAGUUGAGGAAGACUGUGACAUGUUGUAUGAGGAGCCUAUCAGAGGCAAAACAUCCGAUCCCACUAGAUUUGCUGGAAUUGAGGAUGAUCAUUCAGACAAUGAAAUGCUGUAUGAAGAACCGAUCAGUAAGUACCAAACAACCAGUGCUAGUAAAUCUGCAAUCAAACAAAUAGAUGAACCUGAUAGCAAUGAGCUUUAUGAAGAGCCUAUCACGUACAGUAAAUCCAAUGCUAACCAUUCUAUGAAUAUUCCACAACAGAAACUGGAAGAUGGGGACGAUGAUAUGAUUUACCAAGAGGCUACCUUGUAUGGUGCAACAGCUGCAAGCACCACAACAACAAACAUUUCAUCAAAGGCAGCAGUCUUUGCUGACAAUCCGGAUGGAAACUUAGACAGUGAACAACCUGAGGAUGAGAGCAUCUAUCAAGAGGCUACCUUCUACAGAGGUGUAACACCUACCAAACAAGACCAUCCAAAGAUACCAGAGAAACCAGUAGUUGGCAAAAAGAGUGCAACACUAGUAAGGAAUGACAUGGAACCAUCUGACUUUGCAGAGCCGGAGGAUGGAGGAAUAUCUACAGAGAAUGAUUCUGAAGAGGAUGAAAGUGUGUAUGCUGAAGCAACAAUCUACGGAUCUGUUGAGUCGGGUAGGCCACAUAAGCCGCCUGUGGCGACUCCUCGGAAACAGAAGGUGGUAGCAAAGAAAUCAGCUACUUUGGUCAGGCAAGAUAGUGAUGAUUUCUAGAUGCAGAAUAAUCAAAGGUAAUGUUUUAACCCUGUCUUUUCUCAACCAUCAAACCUUAUUACACUUGAUAUCACUUGUUGUAAAUUUAGAUAGUUAUUUUUGUUUUAAAGUAUAUUUUCUAAAGUUGAUGUGACUUACAUAAGGUCUUCUUCUUGUAUUACUGGAUUGCGCUCCUGCCCAAGACUUGAAAGAAUCUUCCAUUUGAGUAAUGAAGUACAGCAUCAGCUACUCCAAUGACGCAUUGAAUCUAUCUAGUCCUGAUGUCAUUCUGUGUAAUAUGUCAAUUAAAUAGAAAAAAAAGUAAAAAGAUUUUAAAAAUUUAAAAUUUACAUCUUUAUAAUGAUAAUUAGUUCAUGUAUAACACACAUCACAUGCAUUUCUUCAUGUGACAAUAACUAUAAUCUAUGUUCAAAGCAACAAUAUUUGUUUUCCAUUGCAAUUUAUAAGGUGAAGUUGGGUUAUUUCUAGAAAGACUAAUUUUCAAAGAAAUAUUUAAGUGAAUGUUUGACAAAUCCAUCAUAAGACCAUCACACUUAUAAAAUUAAAUUUUGUUACUUCCCAACCCACUCUUCUUAUUGUAAGAGGUAAUAUAAAUCACAUAAAACAACAUCUUAUUUUUUUUUAAAUCAAGUUAACUUUACAUGUGCAUUUAAUGAAUAAUCAGACUUAUAAGGACAAUUUGGGGACAAAAAAGAGGCGCGCGUCCUGGUGCCCCCAUGUGGAUCAACCACUGAAAGGCAUGUACACUUCCAUUCAAACUAGAGGUGCAAUCUUUCAUGGGAUAUUAUCCUGUUGAUAUUCCUGGCUUUGAUUUGGGUUGCUGCACUAUCUGGCAUGGCUUCAGAUUUAUCAUGUAUUGUGAUGGCCCAUUCAUCUCUAUGAGGGUUAACAAAACUAUAUGAUAUUAGAAUGGAUAGUGCGAUUGCAAUUGAAGAUAUAGUAUGCUCACAGGAUGAGAAGGACACUGGAUACAUAAAAAGCCCAGGAAUUCCAAACAGGCUGAAUUUGGAUCUGAUGAAAAUUAAAGAUACUGGUUGGGGAUUGUUGUCCCCAGCUGCUAUGGAUAGCUAAUAUUUAUAAGGUACCAAUAUCUUUAAGGCCUAUUAGAAGGAUUGAAUAAGAAGAAUCAGUGUUUAUUAACAGGCUUUGGCAAAUUAAAUUGAAUUUGAGCUCAUUCACUUUAAUAGUUAAGAUAGUGCACAUAUUUCUCACUUCACAUUGUUUAAGAAUUUACUGAUGCAUAAUUUUGUACAAAUGAAGAUAUGACUUUUAAGAAUAAUUAUGGAAAGAUACACUUUAUGCUUAAUAUUUCUAUAAAUAGCCAAGAAAUAAAAUACUUUGCUAUAACUCUUAGAAAAGUUAACAGAGGACAUGCAUAUAGAGGACAAUAAUAAUAAUAUAACCUGAAAGUAUAAUUCAUGAUCAUUUAAAUACACUUAUAAUACCAUCAUUGUUGUUUCUAUGACCAUUGAUCACUAAGGACUAAGCAAAACUGUUGUACAUGUAUUUUGUUUUAAAUGUUAAAACUAUAGCAUGUGGUUCACUUCAACUGCUCACAAAAUAGGGAAAUCUGCGAAGGUGUUUGUAUACGAAUUCACAAUAAAUUACAUUAACUGUAUCCAUAAUGCUUAAGGAAAGUAUUAUCUUGUCUUUGAAUUAUAAUUUCUUAAAAUACAGAAUUCUCGGACAAGGUCAAUCAUCUUAACAGUGUCCAAUGUAUUUAGAAUAUCAAAAAGUAAAUAACUAUUAAUGGCUUAUUCUUGGAACUUUAGCAAGGUUCAUAAUAAUUAUGAUUAUCUUUAUCAUGCAUGAUCAUGAUUAUCAACAUCAUUAUCAUUACUCCUAAUCUGAGAAUUGGCAGUAUUAUUACAAAGUUUUAUCACUAUGGGCACUGAUCAAUCUCUUCACACAACAA